AUGGGCAUUGAGAAUCUACCUGUGUAUCGACUCGAAGGCCGCGGCCUAGGAGUUGUUUUCGAGAAGAUCACCGCACACGGCAAAGGAGGAGGAAUUAGACAAGUUCUUGAUUUGCCUGCCAUUUUCGAGAGUGUUCUCAACCUGCCAGUGGAUCUCGUCCGUCGUUUCGCGGGAAACAGACUCUCGACAAAGACCAUUGUCCACGACGUCUCGGGUGUGGUCUUCCCCGGAGAGACGCUUUUGGUUCUGGGUCAACCUGGCUCUGGUUGCUCUACAGUCCUCAAGAUUAUUGCCAAUGAAAGGGGUUCCUACGUCAAAGUUGAUGGGGAUGUAUCGUACGCUUCGAUAUCGGCUCCUACCAUGGCCCGAAAGUACGGAUCGGAGGUUAUCUACAACGCUGAAGACGACAUACAUUAUCCAAACCUCAAAGUCAAGCACACUCUGGACUUUGCCCUUCGGCUUCGCAGACCAGCCAAGCAAAUCGACCAGAAAAAUGCGGCCUUCUCGAACGAAAUGACGGAUCGACUUCUCGGAAGCCUGGGUAUGAUGCACACCAAGGACACCAUUGUGGGAAACUCGUUCGUCCGUGGAGUCUCUGGUGGUGAAAGAAAGCGCGUCUCACUUGCCGAAGUAAUGGCCACCAAUCCAGCUGUUGCCUGCUGGGACAAUCCCAUCCGCGGACUUGAUAGUUCGUCCGCCUUGCAAUUCCUGCGGUUGUUGAAAGAGAUUUCUACCCAGACCCGGAUGUCCAACAUUGUGACUCUGUACCAAGCCUCAGAGUCUAUGUAUAAUCAGUGCUUUGAUCGAGUAUUGGUGAUGUAUGAAGGCAGGAUGAUCUUUUCGGGCAAAGCUGAAGAUGCGAAGGAUCAUUUUCUCGACCUUGGAUUUCAUAUGUGGGACAGACAGACCACCCCCGACUUCCUGACCGCAGUCACAGCGCCUUCAGAGCGAGUAGUCCGUCGCGGCCAUAAAGGGUCUGUCCCGAGCACUCCCGACCAGUUCGUUGAUGCCUUCCACAAUAGCGUGUAUUAUGAAAAGCUCCAAGUAGAUAUACAUACCUAUCGCCAGGGAGUUCUUUCCGAUACCACGGAUCUUGCCGCAUUCCAAGACGAAGUUCAUCGAGUGAAAUCCUCUGCUACCUAUCAUGGUUCGCUUCAGCCAAUGCCGAUAUGGAGCCAAAGCUUGGUAGCCGCAAGACGCUAUUACCAGCUGCUUUGGAAGAACCAGAGAGAUCUUUACAUUGUUCUCUUCUUGAAUGCCGUCAACGCGGUCAUCAAUGGAUCGGCCUAUUUCAUGGCUCCAAAGACCGCCACCGGCUCGUUCGAAAAAGGCGGCGCCCUUUUCUUCUCGCUAAUCUAUUUUUUCCUCAAUGCGUUGGCCGAAGUUUCCUCGACGAUUAACGCACGAUUGAUUCUGGUAAAACAACACAAACUUGGCAUCAUCCAUCCUGUUGCAUUUGUGGUUGCACAGACUAUUGCAGAUAUACCGGUCGCGAUCUUUCAAUCUGUUGUCUUCUCGUGCUGUUAUUACUUCAUGUUGGGUUUGCACAGAACCGCGUCAGACUUUUGGACCUUUGAACUUGUUUUGUUCACCCACUACUCUGCAGUCUCAAGUCUCUUUCGCAUGCUUGGAGCCUGGGCCCCAUCUCUAAACAUUGCGUUCUUUAUGGCUGGAACUGCUAUGCCAAUCUGUCUCACGUACGCUGGGUAUGGCCCUCCAGUACCAACCAUGCACAGGUGGGGAUCGUGGAUCAGAAGAAUCUCUCCAUCUCCCUGGGCAUUGGAGGCUCUCAUGGGAAACGAGUUUGCCGAUAUCGCAUUGCAAUGCACUGCCGACCAAAUGAUCCCCCAUGGCCCUGGAUAUGAUGAUAUGCGGUAUCAAGGGUGCUCAUUAGCGGGUAGUACUCCAGGAUCCGACACGGUCUCUGGCUCAACCUAUCUCAGUCUUGUCUACGAGUACUCCCGGUCGCACCUCUGGCGAAACUGGGGAAUCAUUGUUGUCAUGUGGUUCCUUUAUGUUGUGCUCACAGCAAUUGGUCUGACGAUCAUGACUGGCGAAAGUGGCUUAACCGGUGGUCCGGUCUUCAAGCGUGGAGCUGUAGUUGAUACCAGCGACCCGGUAUCUGGAAAGUCCAAGGAUGAUAUGGAGCAAAAUGCAGCAUGCGCUGAAUCAUUAGAGCCCAUUUCGUCGAGUUCGUCUGCCACCAGGGCCGAAAAAGGAGAUGUGCAAAAUGUCUCUACGAAGGAGGAUUUGGGAGAUACUAUGACCCAGCGCACAUUUUCAUUCAAGGAUGUGUCCUACUACGUUCAGGUUGAUGGAGAUGAGAAGCAGCUGCUCAAUGGUGUCAGUGGGUAUGUUAAGCCUGGACAGCUUACCGCGUUGAUGGGAGCGUCCGGAGCUGGGAAAACUACCUUGCUGGAUACCAUCUCGCAAAGAAAGUCAACUGGACGCGUGGAAGGGCAGAUGUUAAUGGGUGGUAGGCCACUUGGAGGCGCAUUCUCCCGAUCAUGUGGCUUCUGCAUGCAGCAAGAUGUCCAUGAGCCGUUGGCUACUGUACGCGAGGCUCUUGAAUUCUCCGCAAAGCUUCGCCAGCCUAAAGAAGUUCCGACGUCGGAGAAGCUCAAAUACGUGGACAAUAUUAUCUCUCUUCUGGAGCUUGAGCCUAUCGCCGAUGCACUUAUCGGUGAGCCGGGAGAUGGUGGUCUAAACAUUGAAGAGCGCAAGCGUGUCACAAUUGGCGUUGAACUAGCUGCUAAGCCGUCCGCCCUUUUAUUUUUAGACGAGCCAACGUCAGGUCUUGAUAGCCAAGCCGCAUUUUCAAUUGUUUCAUUCUUGAAGAAGAUCGCUGAACAAGGCGUGCCCAUUGUCUGCACAAUUCAUCAGCCAUCAGCUAUCCUCUUCCAAAUGUUCGACCAUGUCCUCCUUCUCGCUCCUGGGGGCCGGACCGUCUAUUUCGGUGAGACUGGACCACAGUCGAAGCACGCGAUAGAUUACUUCGCGCGAAACGGAGCCAUUAUGGGGGCCUCUGAGAACCCCGCAGAGUUCAUUAUUUCAACCGUAACCAACAAGGAGCAAUCUGCCCAAGACUGGCCUCAGAUUUGGAAUGACUCUAAAGAAUGUUCUAAUCUACAACGCAAGAUUGCCACAUUGGAAUCUCAUCCCCAGCUUAGCUCCAAGGUUGAAUCGUCUUCGCACACCGAAAUAGCAAGAUACGCACUUCCUUUGCGGGAUCAAAUUCUGGAGUUGACCAAGCGGCAAUGGAUUGUUGUUUGGAGAAACGGGCCUUACAACUUCAGCAAGCUGUUCAAGUGCAUUUUUUGCGAGCUUUUCAUCGCUUUUUCAUACUUCAAUGCUGGCCCCGACAUACAAGGACUACAAAACUACAUGUUGGCUCUACUCAUCAUUAUUUGGAUUAUUCCCGCUACAGCAGCCGAUAUUCAAAACGUUUGGUUUGGGAAAUGGGAUGUUUUUGAAGCGCGCGAGCGCAACGGAAUAUAUGACUACAAGGCUUUGCUUGCCGCUAUAACACUUGUUGAGAUCCCAUGGCAAGCAGUUGGAUAUACUCUGGUCUACUUCUGCAUCUACUGGACUGUUGGAUAUCCUAAUAUUACGAGUAUCGCCGGAUAUGUCUACUUCAUGUUCCUAAUCCUGUCUCUCUUUGCGACCAGCUUCUGCCAUCUCAUGGCCGCGAUGUUUCCCAAUCCAACACUUGCUGGCUACGCCAAUUCUCUUUUCUGGGUGGCUCUGACGGUCUUCUCAGGUACACUGGUUCCUCACAGCGCCAUGAACUCAUUUUAUCGACCUUGGAUCUUCUGGGUGGAUCCGCUGCGCUACUUCCUCGGGGGAACGGUCUCAAAUGUGCUCCAUGGAGUCAAGGCCCAUUGCAAGGAAUCGGAUCUCACAAUCUUCAAUCCACCUGCCAGUUCUACUUGCUACGAGUAUGCCGCAAGUUUUCUCUCGGAAAGCACCGGCUACCUCUCGAACCCCAAUGCCACGAGUUCCUGUGGUUAUUGCAAAUUUAGCUACGGUGAUGAUUAUGCGGCCACACUGGAUUACUACCACAAAGACCGCUGGAGAGAUUGGGCAGUUCUUCUAGGAUGGUGUCUUGUUAACAUGCUUGCCAUUUGGUUCUUCACGUGGCUUUAUCGGGUCAAACUCCGCAAGUGA